AUGCAGUUCCAGGUCCUCGCCGCCCUCGCCGCCACCCUGGUCUCCUCGGUCAUCGCCGCUCCUGCCGAGAACCCCAACGGUCCCAGAAUCGUCACUAUUGACGAGAACUUCCCGCACGGUAUCGGCGGUGCUCUCGACAAAUACGACCACCCUGACAGCAACUCCAAGCAAACCAACUCGGACCGUGUCCGCAUCACCUUCCAGAACCGCGACAACACGUCCAUCAUCAUCGGUCACUCUGUGGACCCCAGAUCGCCCAACGCCGGCUCCUACGGCGACUUCCACCUCGGUGUUGGCAGAGACCACACCAUGGAGUACUUUAACGGUUUCCGUGGUAUGGCCCACAUCAACCUGGACAGCCCCGGCUACCGCCUGACCAAGGCUGACGAGUCCGGUGUCGAGGUCUCCUACGUCAGCUCUCCUGGUAUUGGUCUGGCUGGUGAUGUCGAUGUCAGCUACGUCGACGGCUUCUCUCGUUCUAUUAGCUGCAAGUGCGUUGACAACAACCGCACUGUUGGUUGCUCCAAAGAGCUCUGGGCUCUCCACCACUGCCCUAACGACAACGGUGUUGGGUCCUGCAGAAACCCUAAGCGCACCGACGACCUCGCCACUUCGCCCACCGAAUUCUUCGCUCCCUGCACCUACCACGGUGGUGCUUUCACCUACCCCCGCGCUGACGCCAACACUCUCUACAACGGCUGCCCCUCUGAGCGCUACAUCUGCUGCAUUGGUCAUGGCGACGAGUGCAUGCGCUACAACGGCAACCCUCGCAAGUAA